AUGAUUUCAUUUGAUCAAAUUCUUGAAACAAAAAUUGGAACUGGAUUGUACCAAGGCAGGACUCUCUUAAUUAUCGGUUUGGUCGAAUUUUGUGAUGGCGUUGAGUAUACAUUUAUGUCAAUCUUGAUUGCUAUUCUCUAAUCUGAAUGGAAUUUGAAUAAUGCUUAAGUUGCAACUUUGGGAUCAUCCUUUAUUUUUGGAGUCGUUUUUGGAAAUUUGCUAUGUGCAUUCUUGGCUGAUAGAAUCGGCAGAAAGAUUACAUUCUCGAUAUUCACAGGUUUGAGUUCGUUUUUGGUAUUUUACACAAGUUUUAGUAAUUCCUAUGGAGAAAUGAUUAUUCUAAGGAUUUGUUUUGGUUUAGUUUUUGGUACAACUUGUCCCCUGGGGUUUAUUUUUAUCUCUGAAGUCACAGAAGCUAAAUACAGAGGCAGAUUUGCGUUUGGAUUAUCAUUACUCUAUAUUUUUGGAAAAAUCUACUUGGUCUUUCUUUGCUUCUUCUUUUUAGAUAGUUAUACCUCUGGCAAUUGGAGAGGUUUGAUCAGAUUCAAUGGUAUACCUAUCACUAGUGCUUUUAUUUUGUCAUUGUUUUUCGUUAAAGAAACAAUAAGAUACUAUUUAAACUAGGAGGAAUACUAAAAAGCAUUUGAAGAAAUUGAAAACAACAUUAAAGAGAAUGGAAGAGAGAACGUCCAGCUUUUGGAUGAAGAUGUAAAGCAUUAAGUGUUAUAUUUUAUAGAAAAAAGGCUUAUAAGAAUGGUCUCAAAAAUAAAUCCAGGAACAGAGAGAGCAAAACCUGCAUGUAUAUGGGGUUCUAUCAAAUGAAUAUAGAAAAGAAACACUAUUAUUAUGGUUGGUCUGCAUUCUCACUAAUUUAUAAAAUAUGAGCAUAUAUUUGUUGAUGCCUUUUCUAUUUGCUGAGAAUAAUUCAGGAUUUUCACCGAUGUUGAAUAUGUUCAUUAUCGAAUUUUUGUUUGCUUUAAUUAUCUACAACCUGAUUGACAAUCCGCGUUAUGGAGGCAGAGUAAGGAUUAUGGCAUUUUCAGCUGCUGCACUCACUAUAGCCAACGGUUUAUUGUAUAUUUUGAAGAAUAACUUUUUGUAUGUAGGCCUAUUUAUCAUAAAAAUCUCAACAAGAGGACUUUUUUCAACCAUUGGCUUGCUGUGCUGUGAAACCUAUCCUCUUUAUUUAAGAUCUCAAGGCUCUGGCUUAGUUUAGGCUAUAGGAAAGAUUGGAGCAAUACCAUCUCCUUAUUUUUUGUUUCCUUUAUUUUUCAUAGAUCCAUAUUUACCUUUCGGACUCAUGUGUAUCUUAUCUACUGUUAUCUUAACUGUUACUUGCUUUUUCAACUAAGAUAAAACAUAAAAGCAUCUAGAGAUGUUAAAAGAAGAAUGA